AUGGAGAACCAAACAAUAGUGUAUAUGUUGGUUCUCAUUGGAUUGUCUGAUAUUCCAAGUAUGAGUCUUCCUCUGUUCCUGGUGUUUCUCCUGAUCUACCUUAUAACUCUGACUAUGAACCUUCUCAUCCUUCUCCUGAUCUUCACUGAUUCCCAUCUUCACACCCCCAUGUACUUCUUCCUUGGAACCCUGGCAUGUGUGGAUAUGAGUUACUCCUCAGUCACUGUCCCAAGAAUACUCUCUGAUUUACUCACACAAAACAGGGUAAUUUCUGUUCACGUUUGUAUAGCUCAGGUCUACUUCUUCAUAUUUUUCUGUACAUUUGAGGUGUUUGUACUUGCAGUGAUGUCCUGUGACAGAUACAUUGCUAUCUGCCACCCUCUUCACUACAUGCAGAUAAUGAGCUGGAAAGUUUGUGUUAAAAUUGUACUAAUCCUUUUGGGUUUUUGUGUAGCAUAUUCCUUGUUGCACGUAGUUUUUUUAGCUAAACUAACUUUUUGCAGGCCUGAUGCCUUGCAAAGUUUCUUUUGUGAUUUACCCCAGUUGCUUCAGGUCUCCUGUAGUAACACACUCAUCAAUUUAUUGCUUAUAUUUCUCUUUGGAAUAUUGUUUGGAGUAAGCGCUUUAGGAGUCACCUUUUUCCCAUACAUCACUAUUAUCACCACGGUACUAAAAACCCCAUCAAAACAGAUGAGAUCCAAAGCUUUUACCACCUGCUCCUCUCAUCUAACUGUGGUCUUUAUAUUUUACACUACUGCUUUCUACAACUAUUUUCACUUAUUUUCGAAAUAUCAUUACACCGAGGACAAAGUGGCUUCUGUAUUUUAUGCAGUAUUAACCCCCUUUUUAAAUCCUCUGAUCUACAGUUUGAGGAACCAGGAACUCAAAUCAUCCAUUAGUAGAGCUUUAAAAGGCUGCAAACCCAAACUAGACACAAAAACUACUAUACUUAAAGAAUAA